AUGGGCAACAGCAACAGCGCGUCGCCGACGAUCGCCGCCGAGGAGCGCAGCUUGUCGCCGGCGCCGAGCCCGCGCGCGCCGUCCUUCCGCCUCCUGAGCGCCGACCAGCGCGCCGUGACCUUUGACGAGCGCAUCCACCUGCCGCGGAAGAGCAUCCAGCUGCCGCACCACCCGCACCCGCACGCCGACUUUACAAAGCUCAGCCGCGCCGCGACCUUUGACCCGCGCAUGCGCCAGAACCAAGAUGCGGUCCGCGACGUCCUGCACAAGCGCUACUUCAAUGCCAAGGAAGAGCGCGAUGCGAAGAGCCUCGGCCUGUCUGCGAUUCCAGAGCUCGACGGUGGCAGCCAGGCGAUUGUCGUCGUGGACCCUUUCUCGACGGGCAUGGUGCUCGCGGAAGAGGUCAUGAAGCGUGAGUACACGUGCAUUGCGCUCUACAGUGACACGCUCGUCGUCAUGAAGCCGCUCAUCCAGCACAUUCGCGACGACUCUCAGGAGAAGAUCCGGUCGGCCAACCUGCGCGCGGUCAAGCAGUGCUCGGCAACGACGUGGAAUGAGAUUGUGGCCUUUAUCGAGAACGACCUGCGCCCGAGCCCGUUUGAGGUCAUUGUCAAGCCGGUCGAGAGCGCGGGCAGCGACGAUGUGACGCUGUGCCGCUCCAUGGACGAGGUCCGCGCCGCCUUUGGCAACAUCCAAGGCAAGAUCAACCACCUCGGCCUCGCAAACGCGGCGACGCUUGUCCAAGAGUACCUCGUCGGCACCGAGUACGUCGUGGAUACGGUCUCGCGCGAUGGCGUCCACAAGGUGGUCGCGGUCUGGGAGUACGACAAGCGGCCGGUCAAUGGCGCGCCGUUUCUCAUUGCGUACAUUGUGCGCGUGCUCGAUGCGCUUGGCAUUCGCCAUGGCCCGGGCCACGCCGAGGUCAAGUUUGUGCAGGGUGAGCCAUGCCUCGUCGAGAUUGGCGCGCGCUGCCACGGCGGCGAAGGCACGUACAUUCCGAUUGUGACGCCGUGCAUUGGCUACAACCAAGUCGGCGCGACGCUCGACGCCUACUUUGACAAGCCCGCGUUCGAUGCCCUCCCGAGUGUGCCGGCGACCCUGCGCGCGCACGGCUGCGAGGCCAUGCUCGUGGCCUACGAGACGGGCACGCUCGCGGCGCUGCCGGGCCUCGACGAGAUUGCGCGCAUGCCGUCGUAUGUCUCCAAGAGCUUUCACGCUCAAGUGGGCGACCUUAUUGUGCCGACGCGCGACAUGUUUGAUACGCCGGGCAGCAUCUUGCUCGUGCACGCGUCAAAGGACGUCUUGGAGGCCGACUAUGCGCGCAUUCGAGCGCUCGAACACGCAGGCUUGUACUCGAUCGUAGCGUCGCCGCCCGUCCUCGACCCGCUCGAGGUGGUCGUGGUCGUGGACCCGUUCUCGACGGGCGCGGUCGUCGCCGAGCGCGUGACCCGCCGAGGCUAUGCGUGCAUCUGCCUCUACAGCGAUAAACUCGACAAGAUGGAGGGUGUUGCGAGCCUCGUGCCGGACGGACUCACGCUGCAGUUUGCGGCGACGGCCGAGCACGGAGGCGACGCGAGACUGACGUCGGUCCUUCUCCAGCGUGUCGCCGACGCGAUUCAGCACCGACGAGCGACGAUCGUCGCGGUCUUGCCCGGUGCUGAGACGGGCGUCCUCCUCGCUGAUGAGCUCGGGACCAUCUUCAACUUGACGCGCAACAAGAUGGAGCACACGCUCGCGCGCCGGGACAAGUACCUCAUGGGCGAGACGCUGCGCGAGGCGGGGUUCGCGCCGUGCAGCAAGCCAACGUUUGUCGAUCGCUUGGACAUGGAGACGUUUGAGGUCGUGCUCAAGCCCGUCAACAGCGCGGGCACGGAAGACGUGACGCUUUGUCUCUCGCUCGACGAAGCCAAAGAAACGUUUCACGCGAUCCUCGGCAAGAUCAACGGCCUUGGCCUCACCAACGAAGCCGUCCUUGUGCAGGAGUUCCUCGAAGGCGACGAGUACGUGAUCGACACGGUGUCGUGCAACGGCCAGCACAAGGUGACGGCCAUCUGGAAGUACGACAAGCGCCGCGUGAACGAUGCCGCCUUUGUGUACUUUGGCCUCUCGAUCGUGCCCGCGACGCCGGGCCUUGUGGACGCGCUCAUUGACUACCAGUUUACGGUCCUCGAUGCGCUCGGUUUUAAGCAUGGGCCCGGCCACGGCGAAGUCAAGUUUUGCCGCGGAUCGCCCGUGCUGAUUGAGGUUGGCGCGCGCUGCCACGGCGGCGAGGGCGCGUGGGUCCCGAUCGCCGACACGUGCGUCGGCUACAACCAGGUGGACGUGACGGUCGACGUGUACCUCGGUCGCCACAGCGUCUUUGACGCGCUGCCCGAGCGGCCGCUGGCGCUGCCGCAGUAUGGCUGCGAGGUCAUGCUCGUGUCGUACGUCGAAGGCAUUCUCCAGGGGUACCCAGGCCUCAAGGAGAUCACGGCCAUGCCGUCGUUUCUGCGCAAGGACCUCUUGCUCAAGCCCGGCGAUCGCCUCAAGCCAACCAUCGACAUGUUUACGACGCCGGGCAGCAUCCUCCUCAUCCACGCGGACGCGAGCGUCCUUGACGCGGACCGCCGCCGCAUCCGUGAGCUCGAAGUCGCCGGCUUGUACGACGUUGCGUAA